AUGUAUCGCCAGGUGAUCGUCCUUGCGGUGUUUGCCGCUUUUCUAUGCGGGUUUCCAGCAUCAUGCGAUAAUAACAGACCAAUCAUCGGAAUUUUAUCCCAGGAAAAGUUAGAGGACGACCCUCAUGCACAGGGAUCUUCCUAUAUCGCUGCAUCAUAUGUGAAACACUUGGAGUCAGCUGGUGCCAGGGUUGUACCCAUCCGAAUAAAUCUCAAAGAGGAUGAGUAUAUAAAACUCUUCAAUUCAAUAAAUGGUUUGUUACUACCUGGAGGAAAUGUGGACAUUGAUAAGUCUCAGUUUAAAACAGUGUCGAAGAUUUUCUAUGAACUUGCAAUAAAGGCGAAUGAUGUUUCGGAUUAUUUUCCGAUCUGGGGAACCUGUCAGGGUUUCCAGCAGCUCACGGUUCUGACCAGCAACAAGAACCUGUUGACCUUGACCGACACCAAAGCAGUGACCCUGCCGUUGACCUUCAGCCCGGAAGCCAAAAACAGCAAGUUGUUCAAAUCAUUCCCAGAGGAUGUUUUUCAGUCUCUGGCAGAAGAAAACAUCACACCUAACUUCCACAGCUGGAGCUUGUCCAUGCAGACUCAGACUCUGUCCACUGUUGUGGAUCUACUGAAGCUGUGA